AUGGCAGGUAUCUACACUGUAGAUGAGGUUCAGUACCAGAUUGUUAAAGGGCCCGAGUUUUCCCGGGACGACAGCCCCUUCAUGUUGGAGAACUUUUUGGAGGUGGAACCUGAGGAGGGUGACUACGACAAGCUUCAGGAGGGUGAGGCGGGCAGUGAGAGCACGGGCUCAAACUCAGAUGACGGGAACAAGAACAACGUCAAUCGAAUGAUUCAUGCUGCCUUCGAGAGGUAUGGCAAGCCUGACAUGCCAGCCAAGUUCUGGCACAAAGAUGAGGAGUGGCUAUCAAGAUGUGAAGGCCGCGGAACUCGGAAGCGGGCUGCAGCUCAUGCUUUGCUGGUUCGUGGGACUGGUAUCUUCCGUGUCAACGGCAAUGAGGACAUGUACGCCAGAUGGCCUCAGAUCUACAACCGCAUCGAUGUCUGCCAGCCGUUCAAGCUGACCGGCACUGCCGGACUAUACGACGUCUUCGUUGCGGUCAGAGGGGGUGGAUGGAGUGGCCAGGCUGGUGCAACCCGCCUUGCAAUUGCGCGAGCUUUGUUUCAGGCAAAUCCAGCUUGCCACGAUCGGCUUCAGGAAGGAUUCUGCUUGUUGGAGGACACACGGCAAAAGAUGUCGUCAAUGGCAGGAAGGCCUGGCUCACAGUCCAACUACGCUUGGAACAAACGCUGA